CAAGAUAUCACUUUCCUCCCUCUAGGUACUUAUGGCAAAAUAUCACCGGCCAUGGGGAAAUUCCCUAUCGUCAUACCCCCAACAAUUCGCAAGCCGAAAUUACCCAUCCACGACGACUGCUAUGAAGACGAUAAGCUACAAGAGUUGCUCGCAAUAGCGUCCGGCGCUCAGGCUAGCACGGUGUUAGGACGAGCCAGCAGUUCUACUCUCGUCGACAUCAUCGACCCUGAAACGGGGGACUCUCCGCUUCACCGGGCUGCUUCGGCAGGAGUUCUGGAGGCCAUGGAUGUCAUGAUGGAUUGCUUCGGACCCAACACAUCCCAGCGCCCUAGCGAAGAGAGACUUUUCUGGACAUUCAUGACGCAUCAAAACAAAGCCGGCGACACGGCUCUACAUAGCGCCGCUCGCUCAGGCCAACAGAUAGUCGUUGUGGCGAUUUAUAGGAUGUUUCACAUGGACGCUCUUCCCAGUGAGAACGACGAUGCUGAGCGAGGACCUGAUUCCAAAUAUCCUGCCGUUGAGCACGUUUUAGACUGGGACGAACCUGAAGCUGCGUUAUUGUUCUUGACCACGAAGAAUAGUGCUGGGCGAGAUGCUGCCGCCGAGGCGCGUCACGCUGGCCAUAUUGGCAUUGCAGAAUGGCUUGAGGCUUUAGCAGAGAAUUUAGACGUUAAUAGACAGCGCACCGAUAAGAUUGCUAUGCGGCUGCUGGAAAAGUCUGUGUUAGAUAGAUAUUGGUAUCUUGACGAUACAGAAGCUGAAGAGGAUGGGUUUCACGGUUCCGAUAUUUGAGACGAGCAAAGGUCUACAAGAAAUGCUAACCAUACUUGUAGGAGGAGAACGUGAAUGUAUUUAGAUCAAUCUUAUAAACUGCUAGUAAAGUUCUAUAAAGCCAGUCUAUAAGACAUGAGAUACGUUUUUUUCUUAUUAUAUUGAUCUCUAUCUAAAUGGAGGUAGUAUGGAAAAGAAUUUGUUGCAUAAAAGAUGCCCCAUGUGUAGUAUGGUUAUUGGAUAAACAUGUUAACAUAGCACAAGUUUUAACAUUAAGUUCCAAAGAUAGCAC